UCGCCCAGUAACCAUAGCAACAGCCACAACUAAAGAUGGCGACUGCGUUGACGCUGAAGAUGCAGCUGCAGGGACUGGAGGAGGAAUUUUUCCGCAGAAACAGCAUUGCAGAAGAAAACCGAUUACGAGAACAUUGCGCUGCUGUGAAAAUCCAAAGCUGUUUCAGAGGGUUUAAGGUUCGAGCACAUAUCAGAUAUGUGCAGAAAAUCGCAAUCGUCAUUCAGAAAACAUGGAGAGGUUAUCGUAGCAGAAUGGAAUUCAGAAGCAUGGUUCAGAGAGCAUAUUUUAUUAUGAAGAUGAAUUUCUACAAUGAAAUGGCUGUCAGGAUCCAGAAAAUGUGGCGUGGAUAUUAUGUUCGAAAGUGCAUCCAUAAUUACUAUGACAUGAAAAAGUAUUUCAAAGGUCUUAGGAUGAAAAAUGAAAUUGUAAGGAAAGAACUGGAGGAGUACGAAGAGACAAAGAAGAAGGAAUGGGAAAAGAAAGCGAUGGAAGAGGAAGAGAGAAGAAAGCAUUACCAAGCCCGAAAGAUACAUUACCUCCUCAGCACUGAGCAGCUUCCAGGUAUUUAUAACUCUCCAUAUUUGCUGUGCCCAAAUGAGAUGGAGUGCAGGUUGCAACAGGUCAGGCCAUUGACUCCUAAUUCAUCUCAGAAAAAGGAUACCACUGAGGGUCUUGUGGAUCCAUCAAUACCUGAAAUUCCAUGCACCUCUCCUUCGUUAGGGCGACUGCCACAUUUAGGCUGGAAGAAACCACAGAUGAAAGAUGGACCAGGGAAAAAGGAGAAAAACCCAGGGAAGAGUCCUCUAACACUUCAGCAAGAGAAGAGGAUGCUGUCUUAAUAACUUUACCAAGACCAACACAUUCCAUACCAACAG